CAAAACCUCAUUUAAUCUGAAGUCUGUGUCAGUGCAGGCAAAGAAAUAGGAGCUGCACAAUGAAGUGCCACAUCUUUUUUAUGCUGCUCCUGAUCUUGACUAAGGAAUCAGAGUGUUCAUCGGACAACGGAUUCUUCAUCUCAGCCCCUGGAGUGUUUCAUGUGGGUGUAAAUGAGAAAGUGUUUGUCCAGAUGGGAAAAUCUCAUCUUAAUCAGACUGUUUCUCUUCACCUGGAGCAUAAAACUGGUAUUGUGUCUGCGAAGAAAACUGUUGUGUGUGCUACGGAAGGGGAGAUCAAAACAGUGGAGCUCAUGAUAGACAUGGAACAUAUGUCAAGUUUUUCUCAACAUCGAGACCGUAUGCACCUUAUGCUGGUGGCAGAGAGCCCCUCCUUCCUUCACAGGAAGCAAACCAGGGUCCUGGUAUCAAAUCACAGGGGCAAUAUCUUUAUUCAGACUGAUCAGCCAAUCUACAACCCAACACAGACAGUGAACUACAGGAUAUUCACUCUUGACCACACAUUCAGGCCUCAUGAGGGAGUGUUCCAGAUAUCAAUUUAUAAUGCUGGUGGAAAAAGAGUAUUCAACUCUCUUAAGAUUGCAAAGGGAGGAAUAUUCAAAGACAUAUUUCACAUACCUGAUGUCUCCAAAAUGGGCACAUGGAAGAUUACAGCACACUAUGAAGAUGAUGAAGCCAAUGCUGCCUCCCGAGAGUUUAAAGUCCAAAAAUUUGUUUUACCCAGUUUUGAGGUGAACAUCGCAAUGACGCAGAGGUAUAUUCUGUUAAAUGCUGAACAGUUUGACUUCACCAUCUCAGCCAAGUAUUCACAUGGUGAGAACGUUAAAGGGGCUUACCACUGCCAAUUUGGAGUGGUAGAAAAAGGCCGUGGUAAAACAACGAAGCCUGUCUUUAUCCCGGGAGUGGCGUUGACUGAUUCGGUCGAGAAUGGAACUGCAGCAGCUUCUCUCCGGAUAGCAGACUUAAAUAUGCACCUCCAAAAAAAGAACAAUGAAACCCUCUCUGACUUGCAGAAAAGGGGAUCACAAAUCUACUUGGGAGUAUUUGUCACCAACAUACAAAGUGGUGAAAUACAAGAGGCAGAAGUUUACCUUCCUGUCAUCUCCCACAAAUACACCAUAGAUCUGUCUCGAACCCGCUCAUUUUUCCUUCCUGAAUAUCCACUAGACGUGGUGGUGGUUGUGCGUCUCCCAGAUGGCUCCCCAGCAGCUGGUGUGCCAGUAAAGAUUGAUGUACCAGUAUCUUCAGAUAAAUCUUGGCAAGGCACCACUGACCAGGAGGGGGCAGUCUUUACUGUAUUUAAUAUUGGAACUACAGCUCAGAUCACUGUUGAAGUGUCUGCAGACGGCCUUCAGCAAAGGAAAGUAAUUCAACGUGCUUCAUCUCCGAGUAACAGCUACCUUUACCUGAGCAUUACCAACAAGAUGUACUCUGUGGGCGACUCUCUAACUGUAGUUUACAACACCAAUGGCCAGAAAGAUGGGUUUAUAUACUACAUGGUCUUAAGCCGUGGGAUCCUAAUAAAAAAGGGUUCUCUCAGAAUGCAUACUACAGUUAGUAGAGACAACCUGCAGAUAACGCCUGAUAUGGUGCCAUCUUUCCGUCUGAUUGGCUACUACUAUGACCAGCAUGGUAACAUCAUUGCUGACUCGGUGUGGGUAGAUGUCAGGGAUGAAUGUGGGGUAAACGUCAAGGUGGAACAAAAGGCAGCAUUUGUACCAGGAAAACACGCUGAACUACGAUUUGAUUUACAUGGUCAGAAUGCCAGAGUGGCUUUGCUGGCUGUGGAUAAAGCCAUCUACGCUCUAAAAGCCGAUAAUAGACUCACAGCCAAACAGGUGUUUUCCUCUAUGGAGUCAAAUGACCUUGGUUGCUCAUACAGUGGAGGAUCUGACCCUGCGUCUGUACUAAUAGAAGCUGGCCUGUCUUUUGUAUCUCAGUCCCAAUCGAAGUGGAAAAGGGAGCUUGGCUGUGAUUCACAAUCUGCACGACAGAGACGUUCUGUAGACCUUCAACAGGAAAUGAUUACCUUACAAUCCAACUUUACUGAUGAAAAGUUGAAAGAAUGUUGUGUUCAUGGGUUUUCUCUCAUCCCUAUGAGACGAACAUGUCAGGAAAGAGCGCAGAGAGUCUCUCUGGUGGAAGCAAAUUCUUCUUGUGCAGAUGCUUUUUUAAAAUGCUGCUUUGAAGGAGAAAGACUGAGACAACAAAAGAUACAAGAGGAUGCCCAGAAAGGACUUGGCCGGACUGCUAGCACAGCUAUCAUUGAACAGUUCUUCUUGGACACGGCUGCUCAGUACAUCCGACGAUAUUUCCCCACAAGCUUUGCUUUCACAGAAUUUGAUGUGAAUGGGAAGGGAAGGUACUCUUUUGCUGUACCUGAUUCCAUCACCACGUGGGAGAUUCAAGUUGUCACUUUAUCUGCUGCCACUGGUUUCUGCGUAGUUAAGCCGUCUGAGUUCAGAGCAUUUAAGGAUGUGUUUGUGUCUCUAAAACUGCCUUACUCAGUGAAGAAAUAUGAGCAACUAUCCAUUGCGCCUGUUAUCUACAACUAUGGCUCCAGCGAACUACAGGUGGCAGUUCAUAUGGAACAAACUGAGGGACUUUGCUCCCCCAGUUCAGCCUCCACUACAAGUUUUGUUAACAUUACUGUGGAGCCACAAUCUUCCCAGUUUGUCUCCUUCUCUGCUGUCCCCAUGGUAACCGGCUCAAUACCCAUCAAAAUACGUCUCUACGAUAUGGAGAAGGACUGGGGAAUAGAUGCAAUUGAGAAGACUUUGAAUGUGUUGACAGAAGGACUACAACAGAGAGAGGAAGAAACCCUGGUGUUUAAAUUAGAUGGGACAAACACUAAGAAUUUCACUCUUGACGGAUCUUUACCAAAUGACAUAGUCCCUGACUCCAUCUCCAAUAUUUAUAUUUCAGUGGAAGGGGAUGGAUUUGGCCGUUCACAUGCAAGGAACCUUCUUUCCUUUGAGAAGGUUGCUGGCUUGAUCGUACUGCCAACAGGAUGUUUAGAACAGACAAUGGUACGGCUAGCCCCUACAGUUUCAGCUCUCCGCUACCUUGACCUGAGUGACCAAUGGUUUGACCUGCCUGCUGGUACCAGAGAUGAUGCUCUUAAAAUAAUUGAGAAAGGUUGUAUGAGGAUUUUAACAUUCAGGAAACGCAAUGGAUCUUAUGGAGCAUGGGGUUCAGUGCCAUCUAGUACCUGGGUGACAGCCCUUGUAGUGAAAGUGCUAUCGUUGGUGGCAGAGCGUCAAACUGUGGAUUUUGGACAGCAGGGCAAGAUGGCUAAGGUUGUAACAGAAAAAGAGAUCAGUCACACAGUCAGGCACUUGCUGACAGUGCAGCAGCCUGAUGGGUCAUUCAGUGACAAACAACCAGUGCUGCACAGAGGAGUUCUGAAAGGCAUAGAUCAAGAAGCAUUCAUGACAGCUUUCAUAACUCUUGCUCUGCAACGGUCCCUUCAAUUCCUGGAAACUGAAAUGAGAAAUUAUGCGGGAAAAACAAUUUCAAAAUCAAUAGCAUACCUCCUGUCACACUUUGAGGAGCUUCAGCAUCCCUAUGCUGUUGCCAUUACAGCCUACUGUCUUUCAGUUUGUCAACCAGAGGGAACGGAUCUUUCAUCUGUCUGGUCAAAACUUGAAGGACUGGCUACUGAAGGGAAGAAUGGUUGUUAUCUGUGGACAACUAAUGACAGCCCAGAGAAUCAGAAGUUUGCAGAUGUCAUUACAGUAGAGACGACAGCCUAUGCCCUCCUAACUGCAGUGGAACUUGGGCAUAUCACGUGGGCAGACAAAACAGUCUGCUGGUUAACCACCCAAGAAAACUAUUUUGGAGGCUUCAAAUCAUCCCAGGAUACCAUCAUGGCAUUGGAAGCCCUUGCAGAGUAUGAGCUAAAGAGGUCCGUCAGUCCUGAAGCAAAUUUAAUAGCAGAGUUCUCAGUCCCAGGAAAGAGUGAUAUUGUAAAGCUUGAACUGGAGAAAAAGAAGGACAGAGUGGAAACAGACCUUAAGAAACUUAAAGGAAACAACAUUGUUGUGCAAUUGACAGGAAAAGGCGAUGUCAAGCUAAAAGUUUUAAAGGCUUACCAUCUACUGGAACCCAAGAAUGAUUGUAACCAAGUGUCUAUCAGCGUCACAGUGGAGGGGAAAGUGAAGUACACUGCUAAGGUCAUAGAAAAUUAUGAAUACUAUGAUGACUAUGGCAACAAUGAGGAUAUAGAGACACGGGUGCCACGAUCAGCGAUUGAGUGGUUUGAUGCCCGCACCAGAAACAGAAGAGAUCUUGAUAACAACUUAAAUUCAGACAAGACUGUCACCUACAGAAUCUGUGUCAGUCAUAGCCAGAACCGAAAGCUCACAGGAAUGGCCAUUGCUGACAUCACCCUUCUGAGUGGAUUUGAGGCUUUAACUACAGACCUGGACAAGCUUAAACAGCAACCGGAACAAUACAUUGCCCAUUAUGAAGCCUCCUAUGGAAGAGUGCUGCUCUACUUUAAUGAGCUCUUUGAAAGAGAGGAAUGCAUUAGUUUUGAUGCUAUACAGAGAGUACCAAUUGGCCUUCUCCAGCCUGCUCCAGCUGUGUUCUAUGAUUAUUAUGAACCAAGCAUAAAGUGCACUGUGUUCUACUCCGCCCCUCAAAGAAGCAAGAUGGUCUCCAAACUGUGUUCAGAGGAUGUGUGCCAAUGUGCAGAAAGACCCUGUCAUAAAAUACAAGAUACAUUCCAAACACGACCUCAAAGUAUCACAAAGAGUGUCCGUUUACAACAUGCUUGCUUCUCUUUACAACAUGCUUGCUUCUUCCCUACAGUAGAUUACGCAUACCUUGUUGAAGUUGUCAGUGUUUCUACGAAGAGCAACUUUGAGCUGUACAAAAUGAAUGUAAAGGACGUACUCAGAUCAAAUGGAGAUUUCCUUGUGGGUGAGGAUUCUGUUCGAGUGUUUGCUAAGAGACGUCAGUGUAAAGGACAGCUGGACUUGGGAAAACAGUAUCUCAUCAUGGGCAAAGACGGAUCAACAACGGACUCAAAUGGAAUGAUGCAGUAUUUGUUGGAAUCGAACACCUGGGUUGAAAGAAUGCCUUCAGAAAAAGAAUGUAAAAAAACUUUACAAAAACAAGCCUGUAACGGUUUUUUUUCAUUUACAGACGAGUACAAGAUUGAUGGCUGCAGACAGUGAAACAGGAAUCUGUUUCAUUUAACUUUUAUUGUCAGUUUAGUGCAGCUCAGUUAUUGUAGUUUCCAAUGAGAUGCACAGUCAUCAUCUCACAGUGUUGAAAGCUCUCUUAUUUUUACUGUUUAGUCAUGACAGCAUAAAGCAUAUAAAAAGUCAUUUGAAACUUUAUUCCUUGCAAUGUAACCAGUGUAUAUAAUAAAAAAAACACCUGAUAAUGGUGUCUGGCAAAUGUC